AUGAUGAGUGUGCUGCCGUACCCACCGCUGGCACAUCCGCCCUGGACUGGCUUCGUGGCUACCAAGGUGAAGAAAAAGAAAAAGGAUAAGAAGGAGAAGAAAAAGAAGAAACGGCGCCGUGAGAGCAGCAGCAGCAGUGAGAGCCCAGAAGAGACAUCCUCGCUGAAGGUCUCCGCUGCGAAGGCGAAGGCGAAGGCGAAGGUAGCACCUGGAUCUUCGAAGCUGAAGGUGAGCGCCGAACACGACGAGCUUUCUGGGCUUGACCUGCUGAUUGCUGAGGGGCUGCCAUCUGAGGUCGUGGUCGUGGUCGUGGUCGUGGUCAUGGUCGCUGCUAAGCGGCCUCGACAUGGUUGGGACGAGGCCGAGGAAAAGGAGUCGAAGCCAGGCCUCACUGAGGAGGAGCUCGAUGAGAUUCGGGAGGAGCCCCGAUCAGUGACCGGCUUGAAGCUGAUUGGAGAGGAGGCGCCGUCGAAUCUUUCAUGGCACUAUGUUCUGAAGGAUGAGACAACACGGAGCUUCGUGGGUUUUCUACCGCGGACAUUGAGCCAAGACGUUUGCAGCUCCUUUUUUGAGAAGGCUUUAGAAGGUGCCAAAUGGCUACAACCAUCUGGCCCGAAUGGGCCCAUUCCACGGAAGACUGCCUGGAUGGUCUACUUUGAUUGCACAUGUACAUAUAGAUAUGGACGCAUCGAAGUGGAACCGCAGCGGUAUCCGCCAUGGAUGUGCACCUUGAUGCACUGGGUCAUGCCUUGCUGCGGUAUCAACGAGCAAAAGGACUGGCCGAACAGUUGCAAUCUGAACCUCUAUCAGGAUGGGAGUGCUUCCGUCGGUUGGCAUGCAGAUGAUGAGCAUCUCUUCCAGGGGAAGAACCGCGACUGUCGCAUCAUCUCCUUAUCCCUGGGCGCCACGCGUAGCUUCGAGCUCCGGAGGAAUUGGUCUGAAGCUGACACCAUCCGGCUUCCGCUGACUGCGGGCGACCUUUGUACCAUGGAGGGGAUGGUGCAAAAGCAUCUCCAGCACCGGGUGCCCCGCGAGGAUCAGGUGCGUGCCCCGCGGAUCAACCUCACGUGGCGGUGGAUUGUGAGGCAUUCUCCUGGCUGCCCCGCACGACGAUCUGUGUGA